CUUUGCCUGUUCCGCGAUUCCGCGAUUGUCGGCGACCUGGCUGGUCGUUGUCGUUCGCUGCCAUUUGGAUAAACCCAUGCCGUCGGUAAAACCCCCUUCGUGGGACGUGUGGAUUCCCGUCGCAGUACGGACGGGCGGCACCCGGCCAACAGCUGCUGCAGUACCGCAUGUAUCAUAAUGCAGCGGCGAGUGGACGGGAGGUUGUACGCGUAGUGCUUAUCGCGGACGGCACCGUGGUGUGUAUGCGUGCAGACAAGUGGCGCUGUUCCGUUGUUGUCGCUGGCGUCAUCUAGUCAUCUCUUUGGGGGGUGUGUUGCAUUCCGACCGCUGACGAGGACGUUCGUACCACGCCGCGAGGAGGUGUCCGCAGUGUUGUCGCGAUAAUCGCCGUCCCGGUGCGCGUCGUCGGCAGUUACCGGUUUGCAGUUCGACCGUGUUGGUGUCACGUUUUUCGCGUGCGAAUCAACUUUUGAGGAGUGUUGAUGCUUGCAGACGUAGCAGGGUAGAUCGUAGUUCUAAACCAUUUGUUGCCUCGUUGUUCGGUAUCCGUUUCGAUGUACCCGUUCACACACCCGUAACAGGUUUUUACCCUCGUGCCCCAGGUGCAGCCCUCGUGAGUGUACCUUCCGCCGAAAGUUGAGUGAAAAUUAUGCAACGUGCGUGCUUGUCCCCGACAGCAUACAUAACACAUUCGUGAAACCGCAGGGGAGAAAAUAAAAAUAAUAACCCUGGCGAGAGGCCAGUUUGUGUGACGGACGAAACAGCGGACUGCCGGGUAAAAGGCCGAAAACAACGUUCAACAUACACGACGUUUGUUAUUCUCUUCUACGUACUCCUUGACUACGUCAAAGCACCCGGAUCGAAGGUUACACGACGACAUGGCCUCCUUGGAGCGAAGCAAGCUGAUCGGAGUAAUCGACGAAGGCACCAACAGUGCCCGGUUCGCUAUAUUCAAACUACCGGAAUUCGAAGAGAUUGCAUCGCACCAGGUACGCAUCACACAGAUAGUGCCGAGAGAUGGUUGGACCGAACAGAACCCGGUAGAGGUGCUGGAGGCUGUGCGGCUUUGUGCGAUCGAGGCCUGCCACCAGGUGGAGAAGCUUGGGUACCUCGUGAAGGACAUCGCAGCGAUCGGUAUUACGAAUCAACGUGAAACGACCGUUGUGUGGGACAAGAAUACCGGUGAACCGUUGUACAACGCGAUCGUAUGGAACGACAUACGCACGGCGAAAACAGUGGAUAAAGUGUUGGCACGCUUACCGGACCAGAACCAUAACCACUUUCGGGCACUGUCGGGACUCCCGGUAUCGCCCUACUUUUCGGCCCUCAAGCUAAACUGGCUGAAGGAGAAUGUGGUGGCGGUACGGAAAGCAUGCCGCGAGAAACGGUGCUACGCGGGCACGAUCGACACGUGGCUCGUAUGGAAUCUGACCGGUGGCCCAAGUGGUGGAGCAUUUGUGACGGACGUUUCGAACGCAUCCCGCACGCUACUGAUGAACAUCGAAACCCUACACUGGGAUCCGCUGCUGACGAAAACGUUCUCGGUGCAUCCGGAUAUGCUGCCCGAGAUUCGCAGUUCCUCGGAGAUCUACGGACUGGUGAAGGAUAAUAGUGUACUCGAUGGGAUACCGAUUAGCGCCAUUCUCGGUAACCAACAGGCAAGCUUGGUUGGCCAACGUUGCCUUAAGGAGGGGCAGGCAAAGAAUACCUACCGGAAAGGAUGCUUCCUGCUAUACAACACCGGAACCAGGUGCGUUCAAUCGACUCAUGGGUUGGUGACCACGGUGGCCUACCAGAUGGGACGGAAUGAACCACCGGUGUACGCUUUAGAAGGCUCGGUUGCGGUCGCCGGUGUAGCCUUGAAUUGGUUGCGUGACAAUCUCGGGAUGAUACAGGAUAUUGCGGACGAUUCGGAAAAGAUCGCUGGAAGCGUGUCGUCAACGGGCGAUGUGUACUUCGUGCCUGCAUUCACCGGUUUAUAUGCUCCGUACUGGCGAAAGGAUGCUCGCGGCAUUAUUUGUGGUUUGACCAGUUUCACCAGCAAGCACCACAUCGUUCGAGCAGCUUUGGAAGCGGUAUGCUUUCAAACGCGGGACAUCCUCGAGGCUAUGAAAAAAGACUGCGGCAUAAACCUCAACAAACUGCACGCCGACGGCAUUAUGUCGAACAACAGCCUACUGAUGCAGCUGCAGGCGGAUCUUGGGGGCAUUCCUGUGUUGAAAACGGAGGUGCACGAUCCGGCCGCACUCGGUACGGCGAUGGCCGCUGCUCAGGCACACGGUGUGGAUUUGUACAAACUGGAAGCGGAAACUCGCGGCUACGCAGGGGUUCCAUCGCACCAUGAAACAUUCCUUCCCACGACCACCGAAGAGGAGCGGAACGCGCGGUACACUAAGUGGAAAAUGGCCGUCCAGCGUAGUCUCGGGUGGGCUGUGACGAAGAAGAGUGAUGCCAUGACGGAUGAACGGUACAGCUUGCUAGCAUCGAUACCGGCCGGAUUGUUCCUUGCUUCCUCGUUCCUGAUGCUUGUUCACUCCCAGCGGCGGUGAUUCAGUCAAAACCGACAAGGACACGUACUGGUUGUAUCGCUACUAGUCCCAGCAAUCAGCGCCAAGCUAUUGGUUUCGGUUUCCCUAGGCUUAGCUCGACUACGACUGGACGAACUGCAUAUGUAUGACAUACAUAUGACUGCGCGGUGCAAAUCACAUGUUAACCAACCUUGCCACACAACGUGCCGAAAGUUAGUAUGGAACGCUAAAAGUAAGGAUGUGCUUAAUCGUUUGUGACAAAGGCGAACGAAGGUACUUAGGGCCAAUUAAAAACUUAACCGUUUGGUACUUACGAUGUAGUUAAUAGGCGUUGGCACUCGAUACGGUGCAAUAGGUGCAAAGUGACCGACAAAGGCUCAAUAACAAAUUAUUCCAAGCUAUCGUGCUUAAUAGUAAUAGUCGAAAGGAAGUGAAAGUGUUCGCCAGAGAUUCCAAUCGAUUCCACAAUCAUGGUGCUUGUUUUUCGUUAUAGAAUUCGAUAAAAGAAGGUUGUUUUUAUUCGUUAUUUAUGGGUUGUUUGCAUCAGGAGUAGAGUAGCUCAUAUAGACUUUUCCAACGAACGUUACUGGACGCCAACGUGUAAGACAUAUUAUGUAAGAACUGCGUUACAUUCGAUAAAAACUAUAUUUGCAUAUGCCACCGCAUAUGCACAUUGAUAGACAAAAAUAUAAUUGAAGCCAGACUAAUAUAUCUUGUUAUUUU